AUGCCUGCCCAAAGCCAGCAAAAGCGUAGAUCAGUCACUCAGGACCCACAUAAGCCAGCCAAACGUACCAGAGUCUCGCGAGCUUGCGACCAGUGUCGAGUUGCUCGUGAAAAAUGCGAUGGCGGUCAGCCAAUAUGCUCCACUUGCUUGACGUCAAAGCGAGGUUGUACAUACACAACGAACCCCAAGAAACGAGGCAUUCAACCUGGCUACAUUCGUGUUCUUGAGUUGGCGCUGGCAACAUUGUUUCAGCAAAACCCUGAGACCGAGAGAUACCUCAAUGAUAGAUUAGCGAGAGAAGGAUUGUCUUCUCUGUUGCUCAGCCGCGAUUCCAAAGAAUCGAACAAGUUGCAUAAGCAAUGGCGCAAGACGCGGUUUAACAGAGACGUCGACACAUUGCUAUCAGGGGGAGAACCAUCACGGCACGAUUCCGAUCCGCCAUCACCCCAGGGUGAUGAGGACAACUCGGAUGUUGAUGAGCCCGCGCCGGCUCCCACCGUCCUCAAUGAGAAUUUCAAUCAGGUGCCUCCAUACGACCUGGUCCCCCCUAGACCACCAGUCCAGCAAAUUCCAGCGUUGGUGCAACAGCCUGCCAGAGAAACUUUGCUGAUAACGCUUCCUUUGGACAGUUGGAAGCAGAUCGAGACGUACUUCACUUAUACCCAGUGUUGGCUCCCGAUAUGUGAAAAGCACGAUAUACUGAAGCUGUCAUAUUCGUAUCCUGCGACAGGCAUGCGACUAUCUUUCGAUACACCAAACUCUGGCUCUCACGCUGAACUUUGGAGUAUAUUGGCUGUGGCAUCGACGUACGAAUCGAGUAACACGAACCCUACUAGUCAUCCCAGCCAGGGCUCGAUGACAUCGAAGCAACUCUAUGACACUACUAGAUCCCUGAUUCCUCAUGAACUGGGGGCUUUCGACCUUGGACACGUCAAGGCGCUUCUCAACCUUGCGAUAUUCAGUAUUGCUCAAUCCCUUGCGGAAGCCGCUUGGUUUUUAGUCGGCUGCGCUUCGCGAGUACUUGAGAAUGUGGACCAGGUGUCGCUGAUACCCAGCACACGAAGAAUGCACAUUUUUGGAGGCUGCCUUGUCCUGGAUAGUAUGCUUGCCCUACAACUGGGAAGACGUCCAUACUUUCGAAAAUGUGAUAUCGAGCAGCUUGGACGUAUCGACGAAGAUGGCCUCGAAGAAUGGCAGCCAUGGUCAGGCGGUCCCAACACUGCCUCCCUACAGCAAUCAAGAACACCGCUUCUGGCUUUCAGCAGCUUCCGGCACCUUCUGGACGUGCUCGACAUUCUGGUUACUAGUGAGCUUGCGUCAAUAUCUGGCCUACCAAUCCAGGAGACUAUGCAGCGAUUGAACGACUGGAAGACAGCAUUGCCUCCUAAACUAGACUACCUACAAUCGGAAACCGCACCUACGCCUCCCACUCCACCCGCAGUGUUACUACAGCUGACUUAUCACUGCACCGCACUGUCGCUAAUGCCAACACAGCCUUGGCUACAACGAAUCUUGGAGUUACUUGAACCUGCGCCUAAUCGGCUCAGUCUGACAAGCUUGCCGCCAGUUGUGCAUUGCCUCAUGGGAAUGGUAAAGCGACAUAGUACUCACUUCUUAUCGGACCCAGCACUGCGUACUCGUAUGCAGAAGCUUCAGACUGACAUUGACCGGACAUGGCGAAAAACUAUACCAGAUAUUCGGUCGCCUCCGUUGCACUCCAGCCAGUCGAUUGCGGUCAUGCAGAUGCCGACGCCUGACUCGAUCCACCAGUCUCUCUCAAGUAAUCAUGGAGUGGGCCAAGUUGCUGGAGCAAACGAUGCGCGGGCUGUGCAAGCUCAGGGCAGUGCCGGUCUUCCAGAUGUAUUGAGUGCAAACGCGAACCAGCAGAUUGAGUCCUUUCUCAAUGCGUCUCGCCCAGCUCAGCCUGACCCUCGCUAUCUAGAUGGCGGUAUUCCGGGAGACCUUGAAAGCUUCUUCGACGACUUGGCAUCGCUCGACAGCACAAAAAAGCUCGAAAAUCAGCCACAAUUCAUGCAAAACCUUGGAUUCGCUCCGGAUGCAAACAUGGCUGAUUUGUUCAGUGAGUUCAUACCGAUGCAGUCCUCAGCAUUCAUAGGGCAGGAUUCCGCCGAUCUUGGCCAUUUGGAUCAUUACAACUUCUACGACCCAAGCUGA